CAGGUCAGGCCCCAGCGGUGCGGGGCGGGAUGGAGACUGUGGAAUGGAGAGCCACAAGCCUAUGUCCGUGUGAGCUGCGAACGAGGAUUGGUAGUGCUCUGUUUGUGACGGCGCCCUGUUUCACUGGGGAACAUGCCCAUGGAGCUCUACCCAUUCUUAUGCCAGAAGUGAAAUUUCCUGACCAGUUCUUCACCGUUCUAACCAUGGACCGUGAAUUGGUGACAUUCAAAGAUGUAGUCAUCAGCUUUUCUCAGGAGGAGUGGGAAUAUCUGGAUUCUGCUCAGAGGGACUUAUAUUGGGAUGUGAUGAUGGAGAACUACAGCAACUUGGUCUCACUGGAUUUGGAGUCUAGGUAUGAGACAGAGAUGUUAUCUGUAAGAAAGAAUGUUCUUGAAAACAAUGGUUCUCAGCUGAAAGUAAUGGAAAGUAGCCAUCUUGUUAACUCUGAAAGCUCCGUGUUCAGAAAUGACUGGCAAAGCAAAACCAAGAUUGAAGUAAAGGGACCUGAAGGGAGAUGUUUCAGUAGAAUGAAAAUCACCUCUGACAAACAGCCCAAUUAUAAGAACCAUAAAUCUCUUACAUUAUCUCAGAGAAUGCAUGAGGGUGAGAAGCCCUGUGAAUAUAAGGAAUGUGGGAAAGUCUUCAGUUGUGACCCAAACAUUGACCACUAUCAGAGAAUACACACUGAUAAGAAAACCUAUGAAUGUAGUGAAUGCUGGAAAACCUCUGGGAUGGAUAAUUCACAAACACUACAACUGAAUAUUCAUACUGAAGUGAAACCAUGUAAAUAUAUGGAAUGUGGUAAUAAAUUUAGUUUUUAUAAAGAUCUUAGUGUAUACCAAAAAAUUCAUAGUGUUGGGAAGUUUUAUAAGUAUAAGGCAUAUGGAAGGAUCUUUAGAAGUAUCAGAGAAAUUACUCCCAUUCAAAGAAUUCAUGAUGGUGAGAAACCCUAUGAAUGCAUGUUUUGUGGGAAAUCCUUUAGAGUACAUGCACAAGUUACUCGACAUCAGAAAAUACAUACUGAUGAGAAACCUUACAAAUGUAUGGAAUGUGGCAAGGACUUUAGAUUUCAUUCACAGCUUACUGAACAUGAGAGAAUUCAUACUGGUGAGAAACCAUACAAAUGUAUCCACUGUGAGAAGGUUUUUAGAAUUAGUUCACAACUCAUUGAACAUCAGAGAAUACACACUGGUGAGAAACCUUAUGCAUGUAAGGAAUGUGGGAAGGCUUUUGGAGUCUGUAGAGAACUUGCUCGACAUCAGAGAAUUCAUACAGGUAAGAAACCCUAUGAAUGUAAGUCAUGUGGAAAGGGCUUUAGAAAUAGUUCAUCCCUGACUCGACAUCAGAGAAUCCAUACUGGUGAGAAACCCUAUAAAUGUAAAGAGUGUGAGAAAGCCUUUGGAGUAGGCAGUGAACUUACCAGACAUGAGCGAAUUCACAGUGGUCAGAAACCCUAUGAAUGUAAGGCAUGUGGGAAGUUCUUCAGACUUACUUCAGCCCUUAUUCAACAUCAGAGAAUUCACAGUGGUGAGAAACCCUAUGAAUGUAAGGUCUGUGGGAAGGCCUUUAGGCAUAGUUCAGCCCUUACUGAACAUCAGAGAAUUCAUACUGGGGAGAAACCUUAUGAAUGCCAGGCAUGUGGGAAGGCCUUUAGACAUAGUUCAUCUUUUACAAAACAUCAGAGACUUCAUAGUGCUGAGAAACCCUAUGAAUGUAAGGAAUGUGGGAAUGCCUUUAGUAUGGGGGAGAAUCUUACUUAACAUCAGAAAAUUUCUACUGGUGGCAAUUAUUUGAAUGAAAUGAGAGAGGGCCUUUUCUUUGUGAUUUUUCACUGGGAAAAACCUGUGGAUAUAAGAUGUAAUCAAGGAUAAUUCAGUGUCCCUCUCCUUUUAUAAUCCAUUCCCACACUUACGGCAUUCUGUAUUUCAAAAUGGAAUUUUUCAAUCAUUGGUGAUGUAUACACCCUUAACAGUUUUGUUAAAUACUACCAAGUAUUUCUCUUUUAUAUUAACAUUGUUAUUGUCUAUUGACUUAUAAUGGUCUCUGUUCAUCCAUGUCUGAAAUGUGUGGAAUACGUGUUCAUCUAAUAAUUUGAAUUAAUUUUGUGAGCUUCUUGGCCAUAUGUUUUCUCUUAAUAGCUUUUGGUGUUUGUUUUUGUUGUCAGUUUUUUUAUUUGUAAUAUUACUCAAUUGUCUUUUUGUAUUCUAAUUCUUUGCUUCUAUUAGGUUUUUUUUUUUUUUUUUUUUCAGUGCUGGGGAUUGAACCCAGGACUUUGUGCUUGUGAGGCAAGGACUCCACCAACUGAGCUAUAUCCCCAGCCCAAUUCUUUGUUUCUAUAUAUGAUAUAUUUAUCUUCAUCUACAGAGUUAUAACUCCUAGUUAGAUAGAACAUAGUUUUAAAGUCUUAUGGCCCUGCCUUAUUUGUGAAAUUUUCUUUUGUUUUGUGUUGCUUUCAUCUUAUUUGUAGAUGUAUAACCUCCUCUCCAAUUUCAUCAGUUGAUUGACUUAUUUUUAAAUUUCUAUUUUGCUUUGCCACCAUAGAUUCCUUUAAAUAUCUAUCACAAAACAAUUCCAUUAAGGAGCCUUUUUAUCUCCAGGCAGUACCAGCCAGGACCAAAGUGAAAAGAACAUCUUGAAUUGUCUGAUGAAAAGUACUAAACGCAAUUUUUUUGGGGGGGUGGGGAGAUACUGGAAUUUGAACUCUUGACCACUGAACCACAUCCCAGUCCUCUUUGGUAUUUUAUUUAGAGACAGGGUCUCAUUGAG